UCGAAAUCUUUUAUCAACAUUGCCAAAAUACCUGUUUGAUCUUCCACUUAAAGUUUUGGUAGUCAGUAAUAAUAAGCUGGUCUCCAUUCCAGAAGAAAUUGGAAAGUUGAGAGACUUAAUGGAAUUGGAUAUUAGCUGCAAUGAACUUCAGGUCCUUCCCCAGCAGAUAGGAAAGCUACAGUCACUUAGAGAAUUAAACAUAAGAAGAAAUAAUCUCCAUAUGUUGCCAGAUGAAUUAGGAGACCUUCCCUUGGUAAAGCUGGAUUUUUCUUGUAAUAAAAUUACAGAAAUUCCGAUUUGUUACAGGAAGCUACGUCAUUUACAAGUAAUAGUUUUGGAUAACAAUCCAAUGCAGAUACCACCAGCACAGAUAUGUUUAAAGGGUAAAGUACAUAUAUUUAAAUUCCUCAGCAUUCAGGCGUGCCUCAGAAUAGAUAAAAAACCAGAUUCUUUGGAUCUUCCAUCACUGGGUAAACGAAUCCCCUCCCAGCCACUCACAGACAGCAUGGAGGACUUUUAUCCCAAUAAAAAUCAUGGUCCAGACUCUGGCAUUGGAAGUGAUAAUGGAGAUAAAAGGUUGUCUACAACAGAACCAUCUGAUGAUGAUACAAUCAGCCUUCACUCCCAGGUAUCAGAAUCAACAAGGGAGCAGACGUUAAGGAAUGACAAUCAUGUAGUGGGAAGUAAACUUGAUCCACAGAAAGACCAGGAGGUGUAUGAUUAUAUUGAUCCGAACGCAGAAGAGGGAGCUGUUCCUGAGCAAGGAGAAAUGCCAGUUGGACCAUUGCUCUCUUAUAUGAAGGAGCGGGGGAAACAUCCUGAGAAAACCCAGAAGACAGAACGGAACGAGGAAUGGGGAGAUGAAAAAAGGCUUCAGAAAGAACAGCUGCUGGCUGAAGAAGAUGAUGAAAUUAAAGAAGUGACUGACCUCAGAAAAAUAGCAGCUCAGUUACUGCAGCAAGAACAAAGACACAGGCUUCUUAAUCACUCAGCUUCAGUAAGCACAAGGAACAGACCAAAGCAGCCAGUGGAAUCUGAAAAAUGUAUCUCAGCAGAUGAAGGGAAUUCUCCAUUGUCUCCAUACAGCUGGCAGCCCUUGGAAAACCAGAAAGAUCCAGUGGAUUGGCCAGAGACACAGCCAGUGAUUUGGCAGAGUGAAGAAAGGAGGAGAAGUAAACAAAUUAGAAAAGAGUAUUUCAAGUAUAAGUCUUCCAGAAAGAGUUCAAGUGGAAAUGAAAAUGACGAGCAAGACAGUGAUAAUACUAAUGUGUCCCCACAGUCUCCUGUGUCGUCUGAGGAUUAUGAAAGAACAGACAGUAACACUCAUGGUCCGUUUGGUCUCAAACCAAGGUCAGCUUUUAGCCGUACAUCUCGCCAGGACUAUGGAGCGAUGGAUCCCGGAUUUACAAUGAGGAGGAAAAUGGAGCAUUUAAGGGAAGAAAGGGAACAAAUCAGACAACUUCGCAAUAAUCUUGAAUCACGGUUAAAAGUAAUUUUGCCGGAUGAUAUUGGAGCAGCAUUGAUGGAUGGAGUCGUUCUUUGCCAUUUAGCCAAUCACAUAAGGCCACGUUCUGUUGCCAGCAUUCACGUACCAUCGCCAGCAGUGCCUAAACUCAGUAUGGCAAAGUGCCGAAGAAAUGUCGAAAACUUCCUUGAUGCUUGUAAAAAGUUGGGUGUUCCACAGGAAAGACUCUGCUUGCCUCAUCACAUACUGGAGGAAAGGGGUCUGGUGAAAGUUGGCCUCACAGUUCAAGCUCUGCUUGAAUUACCUACGCUGAAACUAUCCCAGCUUUCCUCCAUGUAACAUGACUUCUUGGAAGCUAAACAACUUACCCUUCGGUCUGUUGAUAUGGAUUGCUCUGGGACAAUUUAGCUUCCCAAACUGGAACAUCCAAGCCAUCAAAAACUAAUAUGUGUCCAGAUGCUGUAGAGAGCCUUACUCUGGAGUUGUGCUUAAAACCUUGGAGUCAGCUGACAGUUAACAGAACAUAAUGUCUUUUUGUAAUUGGAUGCACAAAGAGAUUGAAGUUCUCUUUCCAGUUGACAUAAAUCAAAAGCUGCCAUAAAAGCUGCUGUAACAUCUCCAUGACGUUACAGCAAAAAGAUGGAUUUCUUUUCCUGCGUUGAAAAUGUUGUUUGGAUUUCUUUAGAAGUACAAGACCCUAAUCCCUUGCUUGAAAGAUUAGUCAUUUGACUUAAAAGUAAAACAAAAAUGUAGCAUUGAUAUGAUGGUAAAAAUCUGAGUGACUGAUCCCAUGUAAUCCACUUCUACGCUUUCAGAAAGCUUAAAGUUUAAGUUCUUUAUUUCUUGCACUCCUGAUUGUAACUUUACACACUUCUAACAUUGCCAGUAUUUAGUCUGAGUUUUUGGUAAUUAUACAAACAGCAUAGAAUGGGGAAAAAGAACACAUUUUGAGUUUUUCCAGUCUUCUAGGUUGGUGCCAAAUAUUUUUUUCGGUUGUACUGUAGAUUGUUUACAUGUGAAGUGCCUGUGUAAUUGAUAACUCUUAACAGUCUUAAACAUUUUUGCAAUUUCUUUGUUUAAAAUAGAUACAAUGGGAAUUUUUAAAUAUUUUAAUAGUUUUUUGUAA